UCCGAGUCUGUCUGGAUAAAGCCGCAUCCUUCAGCUGAUCCGAGAUCCUGCGCUGAUGGUUCCCUCGGAGACAUGGAGGCUGGAGAGGAGGCUCAGGCCGCAGACAUCGGCCUCCCAGAGCCGGAGGCUGUAGCACCUGAGCCCGAGGCUAAGGAGGAGCCCAAGCCCCUGAGCCCUUCCAGUCCAGAAGCUAAUCCCCCGCCCCCACUGCCAACACCGCACCCCACAUCCCCUGAAGGCUCCAAGGAGAUGGAGGGGCAGGAGCCAGAGACGAGUCUGGAGGAGGAGGCCAGCAGCUCGUGGAGCGGGCCAGACGAGCUGGAGCAGGUCCUGCAAGAUGGGCAGAGGUGUGUGCGGGCUCGACGCAGCCUUGCUGAGGGCCUAUCCUGGGGCCCAUUCCACGGGAGCAUCCAGAGCAGAGCCUCAUCCCCCAGGCAGGCAGAACCGAGCCCGGCCCUGACCCUGCUGCUGGAGGACGAAGCCUGCUGGCUGAGGACACUGCCCCGGGCCCUGACGGAGGCUGAGGCCAAUGUGGAGAUCCACAGGAAGGAUGGAGCCCUCUGGUGCAGGCUCACCAAGCCAGUGCCAGCAGGGGGACUGCUGAGCGUGCUCCUCGCAGCCGAGCCCCACAGCACCCCCAACCACCCUGUGAAGAAGGAGCCUGCAGAGCCCGAGUGCCUGGCUCCCUCACACACUGACAUCCAGCUCCUGCCCCAGCAAGCCGGCAUGGCAUCCAUCCUGGCCACAGCAGUCAUCAACAAAGAUGUCUUCCCCUGCAAGGACUGCGGCAUCUGGUACCGCAGUGAGCGGAACCUGCAAGCUCACCUCCUGUACUACUGUGCCAGCCGCCAGAGUGCCGGCUCCCCUGCCACAGCCGCCGCUGACGAGAAGCCCAAGGAGCCAUACCCCAACGAGCGUGUCUGCCCCUUCCCUCAGUGCCGCAAAAGCUGCCCCAGUGCCAGCUCCCUGGAGAUCCACAUGCGCAGCCACAGCGGCGAGCGCCCCUUCGUGUGUCUCAUCUGCCUGUCGGCCUUCACCACCAAGGCCAACUGCGAGCGGCACCUCAAGGUGCACACAGACACACAGAGCGGUGUCUGCCACAGCUGUGGCUUCAUCUCCACCACAAGGGACAUCCUCUAUAGCCACCUGGUAACCAACCACAUGGUCUGCCAGCCAGGCUCCAAGGCUGAGAUCUACUCGCCAGGGGUCGGGCACCCCUCGGCCAAGCUCCCCCCAGGUCUGGCCCAGGCAGGUCCUGCUCCAGCCCUGAAGUGUGGCCCUUGGGGUCUCCCUGCAGACAGUCUACCCGGCUUCCAGCAGCUCACUGCCCUGCACGGCCCCCUGGCCUCCUCCGACCUGGGCCUGGGGUCCACCUCAUCACCAGGACUGGACAGGAAAGCCCUGGGCGAGGCCACCAAUGGAGAGGCCAGAACGGCCCCCCAGAACGGGGGCAGCAGCGAGCCCCCAGCAGCGCCCAGGAGCAUCAAGGUGGAGGCGGCCGAGGAGCCCGAGGCGGGGGCAGGGCCCCCA